UUAACGGAGAAAUAACGUCAAAUAUAACGUUCACGUGUUGUAGUGAAAUUUGAGUUGAAGUGCUGCCGUGUAUCGCCAUCAGACGUUAAGCCCGUAGAUCCUCUAUCUACGGUUAAACCUAACCUCUGAACCUAACCUAUUUGAUUUUGUUUUUGUUUGUAUUCUGAAAUUUUGACGAAGAUGGAAUCGAUUAUUGAUGCUGCACAACUUGGGGAGUCAGACUUCGAAGAUGAUAUGGAUGAGGCAAUAUUGCUUGAUAUGUUCAAUACUGAUCCGAUUGGGAAUCGAGCAGAACUCUAUGGGCGAUUCACAUUCGACAAUGUAUCCAAUACAGAAGCUAAAAGUUGGUUUCGGUUUGAAAAAGAUGACAUUCCUCGCCUUGCAAGUGCAUUAGGCAUUCCUGAAACUAUAUGUACAGAAAAUAACAUAAAAUUGAACGGUGUAGAUGCUUUAUGUAUACUUCUGAGAAGAUUUGCAUAUCCAAAUCGCUUGGUAGAUUUGGAAAAAAUUUUUGGCUAUAGUUAUAAAGCUCUCUCCAGCAUAUCCAACACUGUGAUGAUGAUCAUCUAUGAUAACAAGGGUCAUCUUUUAGAAAACCUUGGAAAUGUGCCUUGGUUGAAUGAAUCCAGGUUGAGAGCUUAUUCACAGGCCAUAUUGGAAAAAGGGGCUCCCAUGAACAAUUGUUGGGGCUUCAUAGAUGGUACCGUUAGGCCAAUUUGUAGACCAAGUGAAAAUCAAGAGGAAUAUUACUCUGGUUACAAAAAAGUGCAUUGUGUAAAAUACCAAUCAGUUUUAUGUCCUGAUGGUAUUGUAAUAAGUUUGAAAGGUUCUUAUCCUGGUCGUCGACAUGAUGCGGGAAUGCUAAGGGAGUCAGGUCUUUAUGAUGAACUUGUACAGUUCACCAGUUUUGGAAAUAAUAAAUAUGUCAUUUAUGGGGAUAAAGGUUAUGGCUUGAGAGAAUUACUCUUAAGGCCUUAUACCGAAUUAGAGGUAGUGGGACACCCAGAACGGCAAAAUUUCAAUACUAUUAUGAGCAGUCUGAGAAUUUCUGUAGAAUGGGGUUUCCAUAAAAUCGUGCAGGAAUUUGCUUUUUUAGAUUUUAAGAAGAACCAGAAACUUUUAUUACAAGAAAUUGGCACCAUGUAUAUAACAUGCAUGAUUUUAACAAAUUGCCAUACCUGUUUGUAUGGAAGUCAGACUGGCAUAUAUUUUAAUCUUGAGCCUCCACAGCUCGAACAAUAUUUGGGGAAUUGAGUGUUGUUAUGAUAAAUAAAAAUAGUUUCAACU